GAUCGACCAGAAAGUUGCGAAACUUGUGGAAUUUAAAAGUUUCAACACGGAAAAAGUUGCGAAAGAGUUCAGGCCAAGUUCAUGCAACUUUCGGUCGGGGACAUUCAUCUACCACGGACAAGUUUGUAAACGCACACGACGAUCAUGUCCACAGAAUCGAAACCCUUGGCCAGAUCGCCAUCCCCGACGGGCGAAGAGGACCCCUCUGCUAAACGUAUCAAGCUGGACGACAUUCCCGCACCGCCAGCCGUCCCUACCUCGGUUUAUAGCCUACCACCCUCGACGUUCAAGUAUUGCAACCAAGAUGGCCUCGUAGGGAUCCUCGAUAAGGACGGGCAGUAUCACUUGCGUGAGCAGGAUGUAGGGAUAUCCGAGUACCUGAGCCGGGAGCAAGGAGAGUUUGAGGGGAUCGUGAAGCAGAGGUUUGAGGAUUUCAUGGUUUACGAGGUGGAUACCGAGGGGGAGAUCGUACAUCUAAAAGAGAUGGGAAUGCCGGAGGAUCCGUUCAACAAGCCUAAGGAGAAGAAACCCGAGGAGAAGGAAAAGGACACGCUCGUCGAAGAGGAAGAGGCUGGAAAUGAGCCAGCUACCGUUGAGGCUUCGACGUCGACAACGACACCGGCACCGGCAGAGAUCGAAGCGCCAGCACCUAACGAGGCCGAACCCGAAGUCGCAGCUGAGGAUUCGGCCGAAGAUCUUCCCAUCGAGCUUCAAAGACUCCCUGGAAACAAACAAUGGACCCACUCGACCACCCGUGCUCUCCUCCCCCUCCUCCCGUCUAUUGCCAUCACCGCCUUGCACGACCUCUUACUAGAAGGUCGUACCCCUCCCCGACCGCCUCCCGAAGCUGCACGCCCCUCUGACGGAGGAUGGGGCGGGAUGAAACGUAGGGAUCAUGCCAAGGAGGAAGAAGAGGCUAUGAACGAGGCUGCGAAUGGAGAGCCCGUGGUCUUGCUUAGCGGGAGGGAAAAGUAUCAGAAUCAGGGGAGGGAUCGAGGGAGGGGCAGAGGGAGAGGAGUUCGAGGGGGACGGGGUGGGAUGGUUGGUGGGCAUAUGGAGCGUAUCAAGGAUGAACGGGAGGUCUUGUCGGAUGUCAUCACGGACAAGGCUAAACGAACCGAGAUCCAUAACACCAUCCGAUCCCUCUUCACCGGCACUUUCGAGACUUUCUCGCGAGAAGUCGCUGGGGAACAAGGAUCAAGCCGGAUCGCCAUCAAGUGGGCCGCAAAAGGCGGAGCUUCGAAGCCCAAGCCCAAACGUAAUGACAACGACCCCGACGCCCCAAAGAUCCCCAAAUACAUCCACUUUACACUCCAGAAGACCAACAGGGACACGCAAGACUGCUUGAACCACAUCUCCCGUAUCCUUCGGGUGGACGGCAAGACCAUCUCUACCUGCGGGACCAAGGAUAAGAGGGGGAUCACCGUCCAGCGAGUUUGUAUCCAGCGCAAGGGGCUCAAGUUGGCUCAGAUCUGGAAAGCUGCCAAUGGGUUGAGUUAUGGGGGCAGGACGAUGAAGCAGGCUUUGGAAGAGAGGGGGGAGAGAGGAGUUAGGAUUGGGGACCUCAGGUAUUCGGACGAGUAUCUGGAGUUGGGGAUGUUGAAGGGGAAUCACUUCACCAUCACUCUCAGGAACGUCAAGGCUGAAAGUCCGCAGAUGAUCGACAACAUCAUGGAAUCCAUGAAAUCUCGCGGCUUCAUCAACUAUUACGGUAUGCAACGAUUCGGUACAGCCUCGGUGUCGACGCAUUCUGUCGGAUUGGCGCUUCUCAAGGGGGAAUGGAAGGAAGCUUGUGAGAUGCUCCUUUCCCGACGACCGGGCGAACAUCCCGAUUGUGAUGCGGCAAGGAGAGCCUGGUGGGAACGCGGUGAUGUGGAAGAAGCGUUGAAACUCAUGCCGAGGAGGAACACCGCGGAGCGGGCCAUCUGGGAGUUUUGGGCCAGGCCGAAUCAGGAGGCGGGGAACCAUUAUGGAGGGCUCCUGAACAUCCCCCGAAACCUCCGUCUCAUCUAUGUGCACGCCUAUCAGAGCUAUGUCUGGAACUUGAUCGUCUCGGAGAGGAUCAAGAUGAACUCGACGAGCCCUAUCGUCGGUGAUCUCGUUUUCGCCGAGGAGAAGAGCCUCGAGGGGGAGGGUCAGGAUGCCCAACCAUCGUCGUACCGAGGAAACCCCAAGCGCAACUGGCAGACAUCGUCCAGUAGUGAAGUCAAGGUCCUCAAAGAGGCCGACCUCGCCAACUACACCUUGGCCGAUGUCAUCAUCCCCUUGCCUGGUUACGACAUCACUUACCCCGGAGGCGACUUGUUCGAGCGAUAUCAAGCGAUCAUGAAGGAGGACGGAUUGGAUCCGCUCAAGAUGAGGAGGAACCAAAAGGAGUACUCCUUGGAAGGAUCCUACCGCAAGAUCAUCCACAUGCCAGGGCACCUCUCGUGGCAACACCUCCGAUACGACGAUCCAGACGUCUCCCUUACCCAGUCCGACGAGGACAAGUUGCUGGGCAUGCCUGCACCCGAACUCAACAAGCCCGACGCUCAAUUCGCCGCCUUGCAAUUGAGUUUGACCUUGGGCACGAGCUCGUACGCUACCAUGGCGCUCCGAGAAUUGACCAAGGAGGACACCAGCGCGCAUCAUCAGACCAAGUUGACUGCCAAGGCAGAUGACCAAAAGGCCAAGGCUGUCGUGGAUGACGGUGCCGAGGAAGAGCAAGCUAAUGACAAGAUGGAACAAGAUUGAUAGCAUCACGACACGACAAUGUAUUCUAGUUAUCGAGGGCCUAUUGUGCCAUAUACUAGCAUGCGGGCGGAACAGCUCAGCGACGAUCGAUCAAUGUCAUCUGAGAUUGAGAAACAGCUCACCAUCACGACGCUUUUGAAAUGAG